GUCCUUCAUCAUGAGAAAAAUGCUUUUAGAAUUCGUUAAAAACACCAAAAACAACAUUUUCAUCAGAGUGGGCCUUGAACCGGCCGCUCCUCUCUACAACCCUCCGUGGGUCUGGACCCACACCUCCCUCAGAAGAGUGCAUAUGACUAUCAGAGAUCACCUGCUCCUGACCCAACAAUUCAUUUUUUUUUAACAAAAUUAAUUUUGGUUUAGUCCUUUUUCCUGUGACGUGCUUUUCAUUGUUUAUUUGUGUUUAUUUCAAAUGUAAAAAUGUCAGCCCGCUUCUGUUAUUUCCACUGAAAUUGAUGUCACAGACCAGAGACGUCCUUGAUCGUGAUCUCCCUGUAGGCAGCUCUGCAGAGCAGAUAGAGACAUUGAUGGCCUUUGAGCAGAAGCACAAAGGCCAUCAAAAGGUGUAUUGUUGUUCCUAAAGGUCUCCAGGCUUAUCUCUGAGGAUGACGCCAAGUGGAGGAAAAUGUGGAAAGCGCCAUGCCUGACCUUGCUGCUGCUGGUGAUUCUAAUGAACGGGGUGGAGUGCAACGACGGCCAUCCCUCUUUCUACGGAGUGAAACUGUGUGGAAGAGAGUUCAUACGAGCCGUCAUCUUCACAUGUGGAGGCUCUCGCUGGAGGAGAAGUGUGGGAGAUUCAGAGGAGACAUUUGAUCCGUGGAAGAAAAGUCCCAUCUCUCAGCUCAACUCGGAUCAGGAUCCAGAAAAGUCCCAGGCAUGGAAAGACCAAAUGCUUGACGUGGCUUCAGUGGCUGCUGGUUUCAGCCGCUCCGCUCGCUCUCCCGUCUCGGAUGAAGUCCUGGAGGCUCUUCGGAGUGUGGACAGGAAAGGACGGGACGUGGUGGUGGGACUGUCCAACGCCUGCUGCAAGUGGGGAUGCAGCAAGAGUGAGAUCAGCUCUCUAUGCUGAACCUGAGAACUUGAAAACAUUUCACAAUGAUGUUCUGUUUAUGUCCACACAUAGAUGUACUACUGGUGACUUAUUGAAUCAAAUUUGAUGUAUUUAUUUCAAAAACCUGUUUUUUAACUGCAGUAAAUAUUAAAUAAAGGAUAAAUCCUGACUUUAUUGCCCU